UGGCGGUAAUGCACUAAUUCAGUUUGCCAAUUGUCAAUACAAAUCACAGAAGAAGACCAAGAGGACGACGACGACGACGACGAAGAAGAAGAAGAAGGAACGCACAGCUUUCGUUAGCGGUUUAUUUUCGACUUCAGGAUGGCUGGUGAUUCUUCUGAAAAAAGAGACCUGGAUGUCUCCGGGAGUAAAGAGCGAAAACGUAGCCGCUCACGUUCCCGGGACCGUGAUCGAAAGGGUUCUCCAGGGAAAGAACGCAAGCGCCAUCGCUCACGUGAACGGAAACGAUCACGAAGCCGCUCUAAAUCUGCAGACAGAGAUCGCAGACAGAAAGACAAAGAAAGAGACAGAGAGAAGGACAGGGAGAGAAGUCGUAAGGAUCGGGACAGCCACAGAGGGGCCAAAGACAAGAAUAAGAAAUCCAGGAGCACUUCACCUAAAUCCAAAGAUACAAAAAUUAAGAGAGAAAAAGAUGUGAAGAUGGAGGAAGAAGAUCAGGAAGAAAAGAAAAAAGAGAAGGUUCAGCCAUUGUCUUUGGAGGAGUUGCUGGCUAAGAAGAAAGCAGAGGAGGAGGCAGAGUCCAAGCCGAAGUUCCUGUCUAAGGCUGAACGAGAGGCAGAGGCUCUGAAACGCAGAGAGCAGCAGACAGAAGAACGGAGGCGGCAGAUUGAUGAGGAAAGGAGAAAAAGGAGGGUUUUUCAGGAUAUUGGAAGGAAGAUGUUGGAGGAUCCUCAGGAGAGGGAGCGGCGUGAACGCAGGGAGCGGAUGGAGAGAGAGAGCAAUGGAAAUGAAGAUGAUGAGAGUCGACAAAAAAUAAGGGAGGAGAAGGACAAGGGCAAAGAACUUCAGGCAAUCAAAGAGCGUUAUCUAGGUGGAAUGAAGAAACGGCGUCGCACAAGGCACCUCAAUGAUAGGAAGUUUGUGUUCGAGUGGGAUGCUUCUGAGGACACGUCAAUUGAUUAUAACCCAUUGUAUAAAGAGAAGCAUCAGGUGCAGUUAUAUGGUCGAGGAUUUAUUGCAGGCAUUGACCUCAAACAGCAGAAAAGAGAUCAGUCUCGUUUCUAUGGAGAUCUGAUGGAAAAGAGACGCACCAUGGAGGAAAAAGAACAAGAAGAGCAGCGUCUGAAGAAGAUGCGCAAGAAGGAGGCCAAGCAGCGCUGGGACGACAGGCACUGGUCUCAGAAGAAGCUGGAUGAGAUGACGGACAGGGACUGGAGAAUCUUCCGGGAGGACUACAGCAUCACUACUAAAGGAGGCAAAAUCCCUAACCCCAUCCGCAACUGGAAGGAAUAUGAGCUGCCCCCCCACAUUCUGGAGGUCAUUGACAAGUGCGGCUACAAGGACCCAACACCUAUCCAGAGGCAAGCCAUUCCUAUUGGUUUACAGAACCGUGACAUCAUUGGUGUGGCCGAGACCGGUAGUGGUAAAACUGCGGCCUUCCUCAUUCCCCUAUUGGUCUGGAUCACCACACUCCCCAAGAUUGACAGGCUUGAGGAUUCCGAUCAGGGACCAUAUGCAGUGAUUUUAGCCCCCACACGUGAGUUGGCCCAGCAGAUUGAAGAAGAGACCAUUAAGUUUGGCAAACCACUGGGCAUUCGGACAGUGGCUGUGAUUGGUGGAAUCUCCAGAGAGGACCAAGGUUUUAGACUUAGGAUGGGAUGUGAGAUAGUGAUAGCCACACCUGGUCGUUUGAUUGACGUGUUGGAGAAUCGUUACCUGGUACUCAGCAGAUGCACAUACGUGGUACUGGAUGAAGCCGACAGGAUGAUUGACAUGGGUUUUGAACCUGAUGUCCAGAAGAUUUUGGAACACAUACCUGUGACCAAUCAAAAACCAGACACAGAUGAAGCUGAAGAUCCAGAGAAGAUGACAUUAAAUUUUGAGUCUGGAAAACACAAAUACAGACAGACAGUCAUGUUUACAGCCACUAUGCCUCCUGCUGUUGAGCGAUUGGCCAGAAGUUACCUGAGGCGCCCUGCUGUGGUCUACAUUGGUUCUGCAGGUAAACCACAUGAGAGAGUGGAACAGAAGGUUAUUCUGAUGUCAGAAGCAGAGAAGAGGAAAAAGCUUUUGGAAGUCCUGUCACGUGGCUUUGAGCCUCCCAUCAUCAUUUUUGUUAACCAGAAGAAAGGGUGCGACGUAUUGGCCAAGUCCCUGGAGAAAAUGGGGUACAAUGCUUGUACACUUCAUGGUGGUAAAGGACAAGAGCAGAGAGAGUUUGCUCUGUCCAACCUGAAGGCUGGAGCCAAGGAUAUCCUGGUGGCCACGGAUGUUGCAGGAAGAGGUAUUGAUAUCCAGGAUGUCUCCAUGGUUAUCAACUACGACAUGGCCAAGAAUAUUGAGGACUAUAUCCAUCGUAUUGGCCGAACGGGUCGUGCUGGAAAGAGUGGGGUAGCUAUGACCUUCUUGACCAAAGAGGAUUCGUCGGUGUUCUACGACCUGAAGCAGGCCAUACUGGAGAGUCCUGUAUCUACAUGCCCGCCUGAGCUCGCCAACCAUCCUGACGCCCAGCAUAAGCCUGGCACCAUUCUCACCAAGAAAAGGAGGGAAGAAACCAUCUUUGCCUGAAAUGCAAACAUGACUUCAGUCAUACUUGACACUGUUGGAUAUCUCCGUCUUUUUCUCUUUCCAUUAUUCUAUUCUCUCUCUUCAUAUCCAUGCAGUUAAUCUCUGUCUCAUGACUGUAAUGGCUUUCUCAUUUCAUUCUCCAUUUGAUUCUGUGUACAUCUUUUUUCAGUGAUGGCCACAGAUCACUGUAGUCAUAUACUGUUAUUUGGCAGAAUACAAUCACAUGCACCAUUGACAUGAACAGUAGUACAAGCAUAUGUUUUCUCUUUUAUAUUGUUUGUAAAUGAUUACUCAUUUAAUAUUGUGUAAAAAAAAAAAAAAAAAAAAGAA